AUGGUGACAGCAAGUUUUCAAUACGAAGAUUGGGAGUCUGCUCAGGCCGAGGUGAUGAAUACAACCUAUUGUGGGACAUACCGGCGUCGUCGCAAGCUAGGACGUGAAAUUGUUCAACCUGAUGCUGCUGCUACUACUACUACUACUACUACUGCUGCGAGCCGAACACUAUUACAACGAGACGACAGCACGAUCAUUACUGGAGAUUUGGAUGAUACUAAUCAGGAUUCAACAGAUGGAAAUACUAUUCAGCGCGACAACAAGAUCUUGAGGGUCAACAGAAUUCCUUCUGUCGAAACUCGCAAAGGAAGUUUCCAAAGCUUUUCAAUUCAAGCGUUAUUUGUGGGCCAUGAUGAUGAUGACAACAAGUCGAACAAAGUAGAACAAGAUGACAUGGACAGCAGUGAUGACAGUGACGACGAUGAGGAUGAUGCCAGCGAAGACGAGAGCGAGCCUAAAAAUAGUGGGAGCAAUUCGGAUGCUCCAGUUAUUUCACAAACAACAACCACUUAUUCUACGAGCAACAUGUUUGUUACCAAACAAAAGAAUAAUUCCCGAAGAAGGACCACCCAACAACAACAAAUACACGGCGUCCAGCGACGGGCCAAGGGCGGAGGAGUUGCUGCUGGGGCCGCCGGAGGAGCGGCUACUGGAUACUACUUUGGAUCGUCCGGCAAUAGACACAAUUCACACUACCGCUCCUCGAGCAGCAGCAAAGGCCCCCAAUACAGCACCACCUACUCCUUUAUGACAUUGGAUGGAGAAAAUGUUACGGCCACGACCGAGUAUUGCAUGAAUCCCGUUCCUCCCGUUGGUGGAACCGAAACGGUGUUGUACAAUCCCGAUAGUCCUACGGUGGGAGUAGUGUCUCAGGGAUUUAAAGAGGGCCUGCAGGGUGAUGGCAUCAACAGCCUCAUCAUUGGACUCGUUUCCGUGGCAAUCAUUGGAGCCUGUUUGUAUUUUGUCAUGAGACGGCGAAAAUCAUCAAGCCAUACCAGUACCAAUACCAAUACUAUUUACAGCAACAACAACAACAAUGCUUUCAGCAGCAGCGAGAAUACCUACAGCACAAGUAACUAUUCCGACAACAAGAAUCCUCAUGAUGAUGCUGCUGCUGUCGAAAAGCCCCAGUAUGGAGAGCCACCUAUCGUUCAAGCACAAGAGGUGACAAACAACAACACUGGUCCAAUUUCGUAUACCUCUGCGGCCUACAAGCCACCUUGA